AUAACAAAAUAGUUUUCGUUUCUGACGGAGAGAUCACACGAUUUGUCUGUGAUUUGAUGUGAUUUUUGUGUCAACACAUCCCUCCUCUGAACACAAUAUCCCUUCUCUUUAUUAAUGAUUACUUUACGUCACUUCACACCAGUCUCGCGAAGUCUCCCAAACCUACUCCUCCGUCAAAGAAGUCAACGCGUUAUACGUUUGGUUCACUCGACACAAGUGGUUAACAUGUCUUCAACGAAGUGGUAUAUGAAUCAAACGCUGGAUGAAAGCGAUCCCCAGCUCUUCCAACUGAUCCGGGAUGAGAAGAGGCGCCAGAAGCGCGGUCUCGAAAUGAUUGCCUCCGAGAACUUUACCAGUCUUUCGGUGCUCCAGAGUCUCAGCUCUUGUCUCCAUAAUAAGUACUCCGAAGGAUAUCCCGGACAGAGAUAUUAUGGCGGAAAUGAAGUGAUCGAUCAGAUCGAGAGAUUGUGCCAAAAGCGAGCCCUCGAGACGUACGGCUUGAAUCCGGAGGAAUGGGGUGUCAAUGUGCAGCCCUACUCGGGAUCGCCCGCCAACUUUGCCGUCUACACGGCGCUGGUGGGCCCGCACGGGCGCAUUAUGGGCCUGGAUCUGCCCGAUGGCGGACACCUCACUCACGGCUACAUGACUGAGAAGAAGCGCAUUUCCGCCACUUCUAUAUUCUUCGAGUCGAUGCCAUACAAAAUCAAUGUCGCGACAGAACUCAUCGAUUACGACGAACUCCAGCGAAACGCUAAACUCUUUAAACCCAAACUAAUCAUCGCUGGCAUCAGUUGUUACCCAAGAAAUCUGGAUUACAAGCGCUUCAAACAGAUCGCGUCGGAGAACAGCGCACUCUUGAUGGCGGAUAUGGCGCACGUGAGCGGUCUGGUGGCCGCCAAACUGGUGCCCUCGCCCUUCGAGUACUGCGAUAUCGUCACCACCACUACCCAUAAGACGUUGCGGGGACCGCGCGCCGGCAUUAUAUUUUACAGGAAAGGCGUUAAAUCUGUGUCCAAGACGGGCGAGAAAGAGCUGUACGACUUCGAGGAUAAGAUAAAUCAGGCGGUGUUUCCCGGCCUUCAGGGCGGCCCUCACGACAACUCCAUCGCUGGUAUCGCCACAGCCAUGAAACAGGCGGCCAGUCCUGAGUUUGUCGAAUACCAGAAACAAGUGGUGAGUAAUGCCAAGACAUUGGCCACAAGCCUGCAGUCGAAGGGCUAUAAGUGUGUGACCGGCGGCACUGACAACCACUUGGUUUGGGUGGACCUCAGACCUAAGGGGCUGAACGGCGCCAGAGCUGAGAGGAUUUUGGAGGAAAUCUCAAUCGCUUGCAAUAAGAACACAGUUCCGGGCGAUAAGUCUGCGCUGAAUCCCAGUGGCAUCCGAUUGGGAACUCCGGCGCUCACCACCCGAGGCUUGAAAGAGGCGGACAUCGAGAAAGUGGUUGAGUUCAUAGAUGAAGGUCUCAAAUUGGCGCAAGAAAUCAAAGCCGCGUCGCCCGGCGUUCUGCUCAAAGACUUCUUGUCGACUAUGAAUACCGAGAAGUUUCGCUCAAAAAUCCAAUCUCUGAGAGGAAAUAUCGAGACAUUUGCCGAGAAGUUCCAAAUGCCUGGAUAUGAGGACUACUAAAACCCAUGGUUUCCGUGGCGCUCAAGAACUCCGAAAAUAGGGAAUAGUUUUAUACUUUUUUGAUAAGUUGUCGC